AUGAGCAGCAAUAGCGAGUGGAGCACGCUCAGGCUCGGCAGGAAACCUCGGUCCAAGACUGGAUGUCGCACGUGCCGAAUCCGCAAGGUGAAAUGCGACGAGGAGAAAUUGCCCGUCGCCGGCCAAGCGGAGCCCCAAUGUCGCCGCUGCGCCGUCGCCCAGAUCCGCUGUGAGUGGCACGGCGGCCCGAUUCCUCGGCGGAAACCUGCGACGGCAACGCCCAAGAAGAGCCAAGGAGCGGACGUGUAUCACGAUAGCCCGACCAAGACUUCCGCGGGCUCGCCUGUUCCCGUGCCCCGUGGCCAUGCCCGCCACCGGGAGCGGGGGAGAGGGAGCGUCUCUAUCCAGCCCUCGUCGCUGUCUUUGGCGCCGUUGCGUCCUGCACAGAGCCCAGGGCUGUUGCAAGCGGCGAAUUCACUGUCCCUCUCGGGGGUGGAUCGGUAUUGUCUUGAGUAUCUGCGGGAUUCCGCCCUCGUCGUCGUGCUGGGGAAGCAUUGGCCGUGGUCCACGAUUUCUUAUGCGUACCACCGGGUCGCCGUGCGCGAGCCCAUGGUGAUGAGCAUGAUCCUGGCGAGCACGGCUAGCGAGAUCCACCGCGCCCGCUGCCAUGACGGGGACAGCGCGGGUCACGGUCGUCCGGCGGCAGAGGAGUUGUCCGAUAUUGACGGCCAGCGACACUAUGGCCGGGCGUUGGCGGCCCUCCGCGAGGCCCUGAAGGAGGAUGAUGUCAAGUCUCCGGCUCGGAUCGAGGCGAUUUUCAUCACGCUCUGGCUGAUGGUCGAUUACGAGAGCCGGUUUGGAAACGGCGUCUCUGCGAUCAAUAUUCAUAUCCGAGGGAUUGGGACGAUCCUGCACAACCACAUUGUGCCAUUGCUGCAGAACCCGCCGAGGGAGCUGCCAGCUCCUGACGGUGGAUGUAUAGACAGCCGUGCGCAUAGCACCACGCCAGCGACAGAGAGCUUCUCCCCCCAACAGCUAACAACUACACCCCGGGAUGAAACUGUUACUGGAGGCCCGCUCCGACGCACGUCGGUGCCGCUGUUUCUCCUCUGGUCGCUGUACUUCUUCACGCCCGGAGCUGUGUUCUACGGCCCCAACGGCCCAGCACAGAUGGACGCCGGGCUCUUCAAAUUCUUUCUCCGUGAUGAACCCGGAAAGAAUUCACUAACCCUCCCCGAACUAUACAAGAUCAGCCGCCAGUCCCCGUCCCGGUUCUGGGGGGAUGAAUACCCUGCUACCGCGCAGCUCGACGACAUGGAAAACCUGCCGGGGCUGACGCUGUACCACCGAAGCCACGUUGUACAAUUUCAAACCACCGAGCUAUUCAAAGAAAGCCGCGCGAAACGCACAGAGCCUCCAGAUCAUUUAGAAACCCCGAAGGAUUCAUAUCAGCAUAUUAUCGCCGAGCUAGCCACCAUCGCAGAUGAAUACGACAUGCUCCUAGCCUCUGCCCAGUCCGCCCCCUCGGUGGAAAUCGUCCCGGCCGGCCGCCGCGUGAUGGAGACUAUUCUCUGGGCGGCCAUCACCUACUACAGCACCAUCGUGUACUUCUACCUGUGUUUUCCCGCGCCCAGCGCAACCCAGCACCAGCAGCAUCAUCCGCUGCUUUCGCUCGCAGCCGCAGUGUCGCGGGUGCUGGAGCUUGCAUUGAAACUCCACCGGAGUCGGCCACGCCUCAUGCUGCGGAUCGUGUGGCCGCUGUUUAUUGCGGGGAUCGCCACGCCCGACAAGAUAUAUCAGGAUUGGGUGUCGAUCCGGCUGCGCGAGCUGCGCAAGUACGGGCAGAACUAUGCGCGGGUGAGCGCUCGCUAUGAUGAGAUUAUAGGGGGCGGGGCUUUUGUACAGAUACCUGCGUCUUGGAGCAGGAUUGACUCCUAG